AUGCUUCAUACAUGGUUUUUGUCGAAGAUUCAGGAUGACUUUAGAGGUGGAAAAAUUACCGUAGAAAAAGCUCAUAGGUUACUUGAAAAAUUAGAUAUUCGAUGCAGUUAUAUUCAUGUGAAACAUAUUUUUAAGGAUAAUGACAGGCAGAAACAAGGAAGGAUCACCAUAGAAGAAUUUAGAUCAAUUUAUCGAAUUAUUGCACACAGAGAAGAAAUUGUUGAGAUUUUCAAUGCAUAUUCUGAAAACCGGAAAAUUCUUUUUGAAAAUAAUCUGAUUCAGUUUCUGGUACAAGAGCAAUAUGUUUUUGAGAUGAGUAAAACUAUUGCUUCUGAGAUCAUUCAAAAAUAUGAACCCAUUGAAGAAGUUAAGAAAGUACAUCAGAUGUCAUUUGAAGGUUUUACAAGAUACAUGGAUUCAUCUGAAUGUCUACUAUUUAAACCAGAGUAUAAAAGAGUUUAUCAAGAUAUGACUCAACCAUUAAGUGAUUAUUUUAUUUCAACUUCACAUAAUACAUAUUUGAUAUCUGACCAAUUAUUGGGACCAAGUGACCUUUGGGGAUAUGUAAGUGCCCUUGUAAAAGGAUGUCGUUGUCUGGAAAUUGACUGCUGGGAUGGAUCACAAGAUGAACCUGUUGUCUACCAUGGAUAUACACUCACCAGCAAGCUUCUUUUUAAAACUGUUAUCCAAUCGAUACAGAAAUAUGCAUUCUUGACAUCUGAGUACCCAGUGGUGCUCUCUUUAGAAAAUCACUGCUCCCCUCACCAGCAAGAAGUGAUGGCAGACAUCUUGCAGAACAUUCUGGGAGAUUCCCUGCUCUGUGACAUGCUUGAUGAUUUUCAAGACACACUACCUUCACCAGAGGCACUAAAAUUCAAAAUAUUAGUUAAAAAUAAGAAAAUAGGAACAUUAAAGGAAACCCGUGAAAGGAAAGGUACUGAUAAACAUGGGAAGUAUGACUCUGUGUCAAAAGACUCCCAGGAAAAGGAAUCAGAUUCAAAAAGGUCACUUGCAAUAAUAUUUUUCAAGAAAAAGAAGGUGAGGAAGGUAAAAAUAUCUCUGGCCUUAUCUGAUCUUGUCAUUUAUACUAAAGCUGAGAAGUUCAGAAACUUUCAACAUGCAAGACUGCAUCAGCAAUUUAAUGAAAACAAUUCUAUUGGAGAAUCUCGUGCCCGAAAACUUUCUAAACUGAAAGUCAGUGAGUUUAUUUUUCACACCAGAAAGUUCAUUACCAGGAUAUAUCCCAAAGCAAUGAGAACGGACUCUUCCAAUUUUAAUCCUCAAGAAUUUUGGAAUAUAGGUUGUCAAAUGGUGGCCUUAAAUUUCCAGACUCCUGGUUUACCUAUGGACCUGCACAAUGGGAAGUUUUUGGAUAAUGGUGGUUCUGGAUAUAUUUUGAAACCCCAAUUUCUAAGAGAUAUUAAAUCACAGUUUAACCCCCAUAUAGCAAGUGACAGUGAUCCUACUACACUGACAAUAAGGAUCAUCAGUGGGAUCCAGCUGCCUCUGAGUAACUCCUCUACUAACCAAGCUGACACCUUGGUGAUUAUAGAAGUUUUUGGUGUUCCAAAUGACCAGAUGAAACAGCAGACUCGUGUAAUUAAAAAAAAUGCUUUUAGUCCAAGAUGGAAUGAAACAUUCACGUUUAUUAUUCAAGUGCCAGAACUGGCAUUGAUACGUUUUGUUGUUGUUGGAAAUCAAGGUUUAAUAGCAGGAAAUGAAUUUCUCGGGCAAUAUACUAUACCACUGCUAUGCAUGAACAAAGGUUACCGUCGGGUUCCUCUGUUUUCCAGGAUGGGUGAGAAUCUUGAGCCUGCUUCACUGUUUGUUUACGUUUGGUAUGUCAGAUAG